AUACUGUACGAUUGAGAGAACAACAAAUAUGUUCUCGAUUUGAAUUCGUUACAUAUUCAUGUACCACCUUUACCUAUGGAUUUUUUUUCCAACUAGGAUAUUGUCAAGGUUUUUUAUGAUGAUAUAAUUCAGACGUACAGAAAGCCGAUCCCUAGAAUAACAGGUGGUAUUCCAAGAAUAACAGACCCACACAGGAGUGCAGUUCCCGGAAGUAAUAUACAAGUAAAUUGUAAUUAAACAACUGUUUUGACCUAGUUCUGUACAACAAUUUGAUGUCGGUUUGUGUUCAGGUAAUAUUCUAUUAAAAUAUGCUGAUGGUUAUAGUGCAAAUAAAUGGCACGACAACGACCAUCCUUGAAAAGUUAUAUCAGUGUCAACGAUGAAGAUGAGUAUAGAGAAAAGAUAUGUGAUGCCAGUAGUGAUAAUGGUCAGGACAACAAUGGUGCUGAGGACAAUUUAACGAAUGAUGGUGAUGAUGUUUUUAUCCCCAUUUCCGAAUCUAAUGAAACUAGAAACGACACAAGGAGAACGUGCACGCUGACAUCAAAGUUGAAAAUUUGUGUUAGUGCUGCUGUCAUUGUGGUUAUUUUAAGCAUAGUUAUUUUUGUGACCAUUCCUAAGUCAAGUAAAAAAGACAAGGUACAUAGCGUAUCUGCAGCACAAAAAAGCCAUCAGUACGUAAACACACACACAAAAGAGCCAGAGUGUCUUUACCAUGAAAAGGCAGAGUCCUAUACUAGGGAAUCAAAUCCACUGAGAGACAGAUGCGAACCAGGGUCUCCAUUUGUGAGUAAACUAUGCCCAUCCGAUGCAUCACACCAUGGAUGUAGUGAUUGUAACGGAAAACUUUUACCAAAUUUCUGUUUUUGUGAUAUUGGUCAACAGUGCAACAGCCAGGAUGCACCAAGGAAACAGAAAUGUUCAUGGUGCAAAGAUAAUUGUCCAUGUUUGAACAAUGGAACAUGUAUCUGUGACGACAAGACAGGAGAAGGCCUUUAUUGCAAAUGCCCAGAAGGAUAUGAUGGUACAUAUUGUGAAAAUAUACCGUAUCGUAGAUGCAAAAUAGAUCAUGAGGCAUCAGAAUUAGAGCACUGUAAGAAAAGCAGAAAUGAAACAUGUUUUAUAAAUAUUAAGGAUAUAAAACUAAAGUGUACAAUAUCAAAAAAAGUAGACGAAUCAAUUGAAAACUGCAUCUCUAACAACACGGAAAUAAUGAAAUCUGUCUUUUUAUCAACAAAGGAACAAAUAAUAUCACCAAAGAAGAAUGGUGGAAAAUCUUGUCUAUUAUGUUUUGAAUUGAUCAUUUUAUCUAUGUUUAUUGAGUUUUAUUACAUUUAUGUUCUUUAAAACAACUGUACUAUAUUUGAAUUUUUAACUGAGGUGAGCAAUAACAUGUAUUAAUGUUGGUUUUUUCUGAAAUAAUGAGUUUUAUAUGUAUGUCUUGGGAUCAUAUUUGAAUUGAACAUCAUACAUUAUGUAUAUAUAUUAAUUCCAUUAUCAUCACAAAUUCUAACCAUACAUACUGACAUAAACUCAGAGGAAAAUCUGUCCUAAUUACAUUUGGAAUUACUUGUUAUAACUGGACGAAAAUUUACAGAAAUACGUGUUUAACUUUCCAUUUAGUUUCCUAUUCCGCCAGAAGAAUGAUAAAAGUGCAAUACAAGUUUUGUAUUAGUUAUAUGUUUACUUUUGUUGUACUAAAUUUAACACAUGCAUUAUGAACUAGUUUUAGAUUUUACGAUACUUAUUUAUUAUGGCAGAACUCUGGGUUUGAAGAAAUCAGCUGUUUAUAUAAGUUCUGUUAUGAAACCAAAGAAACAAUAAGUCCUCUUUUCUUGGAAUGUACUUGAGUUAGAAAUUUCAGCUCUUUUUUAACUUAAAAGUUAUUUAUUAUUAAAUGUUAAAAACAUUGUUUCUGGGUCAGAUUCAUGGGAUUUUUGGCUAAAUUGAAACACUGUUCUGGUUAUGUAUUUCAUUUAUACAUGUCGCUCUAAUAAACGCACUUCAAUACCGACUCUUACAGGUGCGACUACUUUGAUUAAAAAUACCUACCAAACACCAAAUAUAUAUUUAUAUGUGAGGAAUCUAUGUUUUUCGUACUCAUUCAAUAAGAAAAUAUGGUAUCAGUGCCAACGAGACAGCUCUCAAUCCAAGUCAUAAUUUGUAAAAGCAAACUAUUACAGGUCAAAAUACGUUCUUCAACACGGAUCAUUGGCACACACCGAACAGCAAGCUAUAACCGGCCCCUAAAAUGACUAGUGUAAAACCAUUCAAACUGAAAAUCUAACAGUUUAAUCUAAUAGAAAAAGUAGAAACGAGAAACAUUUAUGAAACACAUAUUUUAAAACUGUAUAAUAAUAUGAUAUUGUUGUACAUGACAGUUAGACAAUUAUGUGUUUGCAUGAUAAAAUUGCUAUCGACAAUGUUUAUUAAGAUUGUUUUUAUAAGUGUAUGUAUAUGUUUGAUUUGAUUUUAUUGUAUUUAAAUUGGUUUUUUUCAUGACUUUAUAGUUGUUAUUUGAUUAUGUAAUUAUAUCCAAUAUGUCCUGUAUGUCUCUUAUAUGUAUAUGAUCUCUCCUGACAUCUUCUGGUGCCACUCAUGUUUAUGUUUAUUUCGACGUUUUAGUUGACAGAAAUGUUUGUGAUAAGUGAAAAAGGUUCAUGAAAUCAUUCAUGCAAUUUAUUCCAGAGUGAUAAAAAAUGAGUAUGAUCUAGUAAAUAAUUACCAUAUACAUGCAGAACAUUUAAGCUUUUAAUUG